UCUCACUUUCAUUCCCUCACCCUCCACCACCGCCCUCCCUCCACAUCAACCCAUACCUCCACCAACAAUCCACUUCACACACCGCAAACAUGGGAGAGCCAGCACAGAAGUUCAAGGUUGCCGACAUCAACCUCGCGGCCUUUGGUCGACGAGAGAUUGAGUUGGCCGAGCAGGAGAUGCCCGGUCUUGUCGAGACCCGCAAGAAGUACGCCGACGAGCAGCCAUUGAAGGGCGCCCGCAUUGCUGGUUGCUUGCACAUGACCAUCCAGACCGCCGUCCUCAUCGAGACCCUCAAGGCCCUCGGCGCCGAGCUCACCUGGACCUCUUGCAACAUCUUCUCCACCCAGGAUCACGCCGCUGCCGCCAUCGCCGCCGGAGGCACCCCUGUCUUCGCCUGGAAGGGUGAGACCGAGGAGGAGUACCAAUGGUGCUUGGAGCAACAACUCAAGGCUUUCCCAUCGGGCGAGAAGCUCAACCUCAUCCUCGACGAUGGUGGUGAUCUCACUGCUCUCGUCCACACCAAGUACCCCGAGAUGCUCGAGGGCUGCUACGGUGUCUCCGAGGAGACUACCACCGGUGUCCACCACCUCUACAAGAUGCUCAAGAACAAGGGCAAGGCCGGCGGUCUCCUCGUACCGUCCAUCAACGUCAACGACUCCGUGACCAAGAGCAAGUUUGACAACCUUUACGGAUGCCGCGAGUCCCUCGUGGACGGUAUCAAGCGUGCCACCGAUGUCAUGAUUGCUGGCAAGAUUUCCGUCGUUGCCGGUUUCGGUGAUGUCGGCAAGGGCUGCGCUGAGGCUCUCCACUCCAUGGGCGCCCGCGUGCUCGUCACCGAGGUCGAUCCCAUCAACGCUCUCCAGGCCGCCAUGGCUGGUUACCAAGUCGUGACCAUGGAGGAGGCUGCUCCUAUCGCCCAGAUCUUCGUCACCACCACCGGAUGCCGUGACAUCAUUGUUGGCAAGCACUUCGAGGCCAUGCGCGAGGACGCCAUUGUCUGCAACAUCGGUCACUUCGACAUCGAGAUCGACGUUGCGUGGUUGAAGAAGAACGCCAAGGAGGUCGUCAGCAUCAAGCCUCAGGUCGACCGCUUCCUCAUGCCAAGCGGCCGUCACAUCAUCCUCCUUGCCGAGGGCCGUCUCGUCAACUUGGGAUGCGCCACUGGACACAGCUCUUUCGUCAUGUCCUGCUCCUUCACCAACCAGGUCCUUGCCCAGAUCAUGCUGUACAAGGCUGGUGACAAGAACUUCACCAAGAAGUACGUCGAGUUCUCACGCGCCAUCGAUGAGGGUGUUGAGGGCGAGCCUCAGCUCAAGAAGAAGGAGGGCGACACUGUCUCUCAAGUCGAGCGUCUCCCGAUCGGCGUCUACGUUCUUCCCAAGAUCCUCGACGAGCAGGUGGCUCUGCUCCACUGCGCUCACGUCAACGUGCACCUCACCAAGCUCACCGAUGUGCAGUCCGAGUAUCUCUCCAUGCCAAAGGAGGGUCCAUACAAGCCAGAGAACUACCGCUACUAGAGCGCUGUUUUCCACAAAAGUUUCAUGACGUUUUACGAGCAAUGUUUCAACACUGACAUUGGGAGGGGGUUUGCACGAGAUACCACUAUACUGGGAUUUGUCUUCAACGGCACAAUUUUUGCGGUCAAAAGCAUUGCGAGGCGCGUGGCGUUCAACAAGAGAAGAGAUCGGGCCUUUCACAUUCGAGAGGUUUUUAUGAUAUGACGAAUCAUACUGAGAGCUCACUUCAACCAGAGUUCUCAGGCGUGGGGCCAGAUCUGAGAAGAAUGUCUAGAUUAGACUACGUGCCAGAGAAGACGUGUAAUGAUACGACACUUCGAGAG